UGCAUUGCUGUCCAUUAUGCCAACGCUAUUUCAGCGCCCUGAAUAAGCACUACAUGCAUUACAUAAAGAAUCCUGUAGAGCGGCGGCUGCUGCUCAAUCUGGCAUCCGGCAGGGUUAAUGUCCACGCUGCGCCCUGCCCUGUUCCUGGGUGCAGGUACCAACUGUCAAGAUUAGACCAUCAUAUCAACCAGUCACACACCGCGCUCACCAUUGCCGAAAGAGCGGCAAAGUUAAAACAGGCCAGGCGCCUCCAUACGCUGCACCUUUUGGCCGAGCUCAGGGCAACACAUCCGACCCCGCAAUGGAGUCCACGUUGGACGUUGACCCAGGUGUGCCAGAGGAGGACAUUGACGUUACUCCACCGUCCCCUGUGGCUGAAUGCGGCUCGGCUGAGUGCCGGCGCAUUCGCCAUGAGUAUGAGCGGGAGCUGGAUAAGGUAAAGGCAGAGAGGGACGAAUUCUGCGGCGAGGUCCGACUUCUCCGCAGGAAGCUGCAAAAGCAGCUGCGCAGCAGCAAGAGGGGCCGCACAUCUGCAGUGGAGAACCAGGAGGAAGUGAGUCUCUCUCUCUCUCUCUCUCUCUUUAUCUUUGUUCCAUUAGCCCUGUCUUUGUGUGUUUCGGAUUUUUUUGGUUUUCACCAACUUUGAUAGGAACGUGUGAUGGAGGGAGGCCGGUCCUCGGCUGCGUCGGAGGAGGCGGGCCCGUCCUCAGCCUCGUCGGAGGAGGCGGGCCCGUCCUCCUUCAGCCCGUGGACUUCCGGCAGCGGCAGGGGGAACCUCGUGAGGCAGAUAAGCCUCCCACCAUCGAUGGGGCCCACCACGAGGGCCUAGACCCGAGACCCAAAAUGUCGGAAAACGCCAUCUCGAAAGUCAGCAGGGUGAAGACAUUCAUCAUCUACAUGGCCAACAACCAGACCCGGUUGUCUGACUGGCUGUUUUUGGACAACAUGUCCAGGAUCCGUGGCUGGGCCCGUAGUGUGGUGGAGGGCGGAAUGAAAAUUACCACUGCAAAGUUCUAUCUGCAGAAUGCGCUGCAUUUUAUUAAAUUCCACCCACGACAUGCCGCCUCACUCGGGUGCAGUUCACCUCCAUCGUGAGGGAACUGAAGACGGGGGUGAGUUCGCUGCAGCGCAGGGUGGUUGUCCACCAGAUGUCCACUAAGAGGCUAAAAAUAAGCAAGUUGCCGUCCCGCCAGGCCCUGAGGGGUUGCCUCUCUGCUGCUGCCGUCGCCAUCCCACAGCUGCUGGGCAAACUCGAGGCGGAAUUCGAGAACACCAGCCGUUUCCUCGGCCGUAGGGCUACCAGCGCGCCUACUGGAGCUGCCUGUUCGGGCACAGGCCGGGGGUCUAUGCCAACAUGACGGACAAUGAGGUGGAGGAGGCAAAGACCCUCGGCCAGGAUCGGGGCUACCUGCUCCACAUCAAGGAACACAACACAAACAGAACAUUUGGGGAGGCCCAGAUGUUUCUGAACCCUGCAGAGUUCGCGUGGCUGGAGAGGUGGAUGGCCAUCAAAAAAAGCCUCCCCGAUGCCAACCAGUUUGUGCUUUACACAAAGGGCAAGGGGCCGUCCAAAAAUCUCAACGCCAACCUGCAGUCGGCCUGGAAGGACAUGGGGUUAGCGGGGGUGAUCAAUUUCACCCUCAUAAGGACGGCCGUGGCAACUUAUGCAAAAAAGUCACAAGAUCCCAAAGAAAGAAAAAAAGUUGCGGACUUUAUGUGUCAUGACACCAAGACAGCAGACAAAUAUUACGUGGCCAACCCUGACCACUGUGAGGCAGAGGAAGUCAGGGCCCUGGUCAGACAGAGCCUCCUCGUGGGAGGGGGAGGAGACGACGAGAUGCUGCAACAGCAGCAGCAGCAGCAGGAGGAGGAGGAGGAGGAGGAGAUGGAAGUAGGCGGCGGCGGCGGCAGCAGCAGCAGCGAAGAGGACAAGGCGGCCCCCUCAUUUUGUCAGCCAACCCACCGCCACAGGAGGUCGAGGAGGAGGGCACACCGAGGAAAAAAAAGGUGAAAAGAGACUGUUCAGUCAUGAUAAGUCCAUUCAAAUCAAUCCCGGAGAAGAAGACGACCAACGAGCAGAGCGAACAAAGGAUGAGGGUGAGGAGGCUCUGAUUCCCCCCCAAAAAAUUCACCUAGGGAAUUUUUUUGAUAUUAUGUUUUAAAUUUCUUAUUGUGUUGUGUUUUAUAGCUUUCAUUGUGUGGUGUUUUGAUUGUUUUAACGUGUGCUGUGUUUUUAGCUCUU